CGGAAUUCAGGCGGCUCAUUAGAGGAGGCUUUCUAGGCGAGGAUCUCCUAUAAGCUGUCUACGGCGGCACUACAUGUCAGCGAGCCUUCUCUUCCCGACCCUGUCUCACCGUCUUUGGUCCUCGACAUACGUUGCAGUCUGUGAUACUGCUCGCAACAAAUCUCUAUCUCAUCCCGACCGAGAAAGAUAAUGCCAAAGCUUUUAGACAAAGAGGUAGGUCCCAUAGGGUAUGGUCUCAUGGGCUUGACAUGGCGCAACGGCCCACCACCGCCCUUGGACCAGUCUUUGGAAGCUAUGCGCGCUGCACUGAAGAACGGAUGCAACUGCUGGAACGGCGGGGAGUUCUACGGCCCGCCUGAUAAUAACUCCCUGGUCCUGCUGGAGAAGUACCUCGCGAAAUACCCAGAGGACGCGGAUCAGAUAUCAAUCAGCAUCAAGGGAGGCAUCAACCCGUCGACGCACAGGAUCGAUGCCUCUCCCGAGAACACCCGUCGCAGCCUGGAUGACUCCAUCGCGCAGCUGAAGGGACGCAAGAAGAUCGACCUUUUCGAGUUCGGCCGCCGAGACCCGAAUGUCCCGAUGGAAGUGACCUUUGGCAUCAUCGAGAAGGAAUACAUCCAGACCGGCAAGCUAGGGGGCAUCUCCUUGUCGGAGGUAUCUGCGGAGACGAUCCACGAGGCUGUGAAGCACACAAAGAUUGCCGCUGUGGAAGUCGAGUUAUCCAUGUUCGCCACCGACAUCCUGCACAACGGCAUCGCCGCGGCGUGUGCCCAGCACGGGAUCCCAAUCAUCGCCUACUCGCCCGUGGGCAGGGGCAUGCUGACGGGCCAGUUCAGGACGGUCGAGGACAUACCCAAGGACUCGCUGCUGACGCAGAUGGGGUUCCCCCGCUUCGACAAGGAGAACAUGGAGAGGAACGUCGCGCUGGUCGACAAGGUGGGGGAGCUCGCCGGGGAGAAGGGGUGCACGCCGGCGCAGCUUGCCAUCAACUGGACGCGCUCGCUCUCGCGGCGUCCUGGGAUGCCGGUCAUCAUCCCGAUACCGGGUGCCAGCGCCGCGGGGCGGGUGGAGGAGAACAGCAAGGUGGUUGAGAUCACGGAUUCCGAGAUGGCGCAGAUCGAUGCCAUCUUGGCUGACUUCACCCCUUCUGGCGAGCGGUACCCUGUCGGACAUUCGACUAAUACUUGAGUGUACCAUACCAAGGUAGGUUUUAUGAUAGAAGAGACGGCGGUCGCACAUGCGGUGGCACGAACUUCCGGACAUCCUCAGGAUCACAGCCUGUUCCAGCAAGCAAGACAGAACUUAGGAAGAUUCUCAUUCGAUGCGAACGACUUCAAGGAUUUAUGCUCGGAUGAUGAGCUCAUGAGCAGUACAGGCGAAGAGAUGGCUCGGCUGCCGAAGGAUCUCCCCAAAUCCUCUCAUGAUCCAUGGACUAGAAAUUUCUUUAUCUUUGUAGUCAUCGGCUAGGCCUGACUCGCUCUGCUGGAAUCACGGUCCAUCGAUGGGGUUUCAGCGAUUUCGUGACGAUGGACACAAGGUGCAAAUUUGUUCAAGUUUUCUCAGCAAAUUGAAAUGAAGUUUUUCAAAAGGUACAGAAAUAGUAAUCAAUCCAUUUCUGAAGCUGAAAGAUGUGCAAUCGCGCCUCACAA